UCUGAUUACUAAGUAACUCCGAAGAGAUAUAGGUAAUAAAAUCACAUGCCAUGCACGAUGAUUGUGGAAAGUGGGUUUAAUAUAUAUGCAAAUCCAUUGGAUGAAGAAGUUAAGGAUAGUAUUUUAUCAAUAUUGUAAGCCUAUAUAUAUCCUUCUUUGUUUUCCUUUAUUUGCACACAAAAUAAUCUUCCUUCCAUUGAAAAACAAAUCAUUCAUCCCCCUACAGACUUUACUACACCUAAUAAAGAUGACAAAACAUGGUUACAUAAGGGCUGCAUUUCGUUCAUCUAGGCACAAUGAAGCUUACAUUUUCAUAAAUGAUAAGUACGUGCUUUUGGACUAUGCUCCCGGAACCACCAACGACAAAAUUUUGCACGGUCCAGUUCUUGUUAGUGAAGGUUUCAAAUCACUUGCUCCUACAAUAUUUGGAAGCUACCCAAUUGAUUGUGCUUUUGACACCGAUAACAACGAGGCAUUCUUGUUUCAUGAAAAUUUCUGUGCUCACAUAAACUAUGCUCCAUUCUCUGGUGUCGAUAAACUAAUCUCCGGCCCUAAGAAAAUCGUUGACAUGUUUCCUUUUUUCAAAGGAACCGUGUUUGAAAGUGGAAUCGAUGCUGCGUACAAGUCGACUAGGGGAAAAGAAGCUUACUUAUUCAAAGGAGAUCAAUAUGCUCGUAUAGACUACGGAACCAACAAUCUCGUUCAAAGUAUCAAAAGUAUUAAAGGGUUUACUUCUCUCCAUGGCACGAUCUUUGAAAGUGGAUCAUUCGAUGCGGCUUUUGCUUCGCAUAAACCGAAUGAAGUUUACAUUUUCAAAGGAGAGCACUAUAUACGUAUCGGUGUUACCCCGGGCGUAGCGAAAGACAAUGUAAUCAGUCGUGCGUCGCGAAUCGUUGACUAUUGGAAAGGUCUUGGUAGCAUAUUACCUCUAAAGAAUUAACCAAUUAUCACCAGCAUCACUGCUAUGAUCAUCAAGCUAAGAUGAAUAGCAAAACAAUCAACAUUUAAAGUUUUUAUGUUUGUUUUCUGCUAUCCAGAAUUUAUGCAAUAUGUGUGUUUCUUGCUUUCUUUCCUUCAUGUAAUAAAGGUGUGGAAUCUCCUUGUUUUCCACACAGUUAAUGUUUUUUUAUGCAUCUCAUUAAAUGUUGACUAUUGUUAAGCAAUCUCAAAUUGGACAAUAUUGUCUGAAUA